CCCGUACAAUGGCGGAGACCCGGAGAUCUGCAGCUGUAUCCAGCAAGGUAAAGAAAAACAAGGGGGUCGGCCCUCCUGCAGCUGGCACUGUGAAGAAGACCACCACACGAGACAAUCUGCUGGCCAAGGAAGAAGAAUACAAGCGACUAAAUGCUGAACUAGAAGCAAAAACAGCUGAGCUGGUCCGCGAGGCUGAAGAAGUGAUGAGAGAGCAGCAACAGCUCCUGUCACGACCAGCACUGUCACGGGUUAAACUUUUUGAUGAAGAUGAGGACGAAAGUUUAAGGAAACUACUUUCCCCAGAAGUACCAACCUUAACCCUCUCCCAUAUCAAGACCGAUGGUAAAACAGGCACAAAGCCUUCGGCACGGAACAGACCACAUACUCGGCCUCGACCAAAAACAGCCGACACACGUGCUGCCAACGAUGUUGCUAUCCCAACAGAUGUUGCAGACUUUUCCCUGGCAAAAACCAUUAGUAAGAUUGAAAGCAAACUGGAGGAGGGGGAACUGCCUGAAAAUGCCGACGAUGACGUAAUUCCAGGAAUAAACAAUGAAAUUGGUGCAGAGGCUCAGAUCAGAUUUCUGAAAGCAAAGCUGCGAGUAAUGCAGGAAGAGCUGGACAAUGUAACUCAUCAAUACAAUAAGAAGGAAGAUGACAAUCGCGACCUUGCAUCUCGUGUAAAGGACCUUGAGGAGGAGCGUGGGAGACUACAGAGAACAGCCAAUAUACAGCAGACCCAGGCAGACAAAUAUAAAGCUUUAUCUGAAGAGGCUAAUAAGAAGAAUGAUGGACUACAGCAUCAGCUGUCCGCUUUAGAGAAGGAACUGGAAAAUUUUAAAAGAAUACAGAAACAGUCUGCAAGCAAUCAAAGUGCUACCGAGGUUCGCCUGAACAGAGCUAUGGAGGAAGCAGAUAAAUACAAAAUGGAACUCAAUAAACUUAAACAAAGUAACAAGGAUACCGCUCACCAAGAGAGGAAAAGAGUUGAAGAACUGAAACUUGAAAAUAAGAAGCUGGAGAAGCAGAAAGCAGACUUGAUGGCUGGAUUUAGAAAACAGCUCAAGCUCAUUGAUAUUUUAAAAAGACAAAAGAUGCACAUUGAAUCAGCCAAGAUGCUGUCCUUUACAGAAGAAGAGUUCAUGAAGGCACUAGAGUGGGGCGUCUCCUAGACUUGAAUUCAUAUACAGAUGUGUGAACUGUACAUAACAUACUUGUUUGAUUUUGUAAAGUAUUUUAUAUUAGAUGUUGCACAGAGUAGGUUUGGCUACAGUGUUUCUGUCUUUUAGGCUACAUUCACACAGCCAUAUGUGUUUUGCUGUCUGCAAAAAAAAAAAAACUGAUGACAUCCGUAUGGCAUCAGUUUGUUUUAGUUUUUUUUCGCAGAUCCAUUGUGACAAUGCCUAUGCUUGUCCCAUUGAGAUGAAUGGGUCCUCAUCCUAUGAUCAAACAAAAAUGGAACGGCCGCGGAAACAAAAUACGUUCAUGUGAAUGUAGCCUAAUAUUGAUUUUAUAGUGAUUAUACCACUGAA